GGCCACCAAAGGGAAUCCAAUUUUUUUGAAAGUGCCACACAUUUCCAUAUUCGAUGUGGGAAACUUCUGUUGUCAUGACCACCUGUUACCAGCUGCAGCCCAGCAACGGCCACAUGAAACUAUGGAGCAGGCACAAACAAUAUUACUUUAUGCCUUUAAGUUUCACCAAGAAGUGUCAACAAGUUAGUUCAAAAUGGAAGUUAUUGAGUUUUUACAGAAAACGGAUUACAAAAAUCUGCAUAAUUUCAUUGGAUUUAAGGUGAAACAAAAGCUCCAGGACUAUAAAUUGGAUUUACAGGAGCGGCAAGUAAGGCUUCGAAACAUUCUGAAUUUUGAAUCAUUACAACAAAACGAAGAACUCCUGUUCCUGGCCAAAGAACGUGUGGAGUCAGCAAAACAACAACGAUUGGAUUGGAUCAAUACAAAAUGUAUAGAGAGACAACAAGCUGAGGAAGAACUUUUGAAACUUAAGAACCGACAACGGGAAUUAGAAAACUGUGAGGAAUAUCGUCUUUGCCAGAGUCAACAAAUCCUUGUUGAAACUAAGCAGGCGCAGCUAGAACAAAUUGCCGAAAAGAAAGCCCUCAUGUCGCGAGAGAGACAAAUCGAACAGAACUGGUUGCAGGUUAUGGAAAAUGUACGCCAAGAGAGGGAAUUUCAAGAGGCUUACGAGAAGAAAUUACGCAAAGUAAUUGAGGGAUUAAAUCAACAAAAGAAUGUUGCUCUCUUGGAAGCUAAGAAGAAAAUGGCACAGAAUGAAAGUGAAACUUUAAAGAAAUUCUAUGCUGAGGACGAUAUGCGAGCCCUUACCUUGGACGAGAAAAGUAAGACACAACAAAAACUCGAAGAGAUGUACAAAAAAAUGCAACAACAUCAAUGGUUAAAGUCUCAAAUCACAAACAAUCAGCUACGUAACACUGCCCAAGAGCAGAACAACUUCGAAGAGGAUUUCAUUUUUCGAACUCGAGAAGAUCAGCAAAUCUGUCAAGAAUUGGAUGAAUCUCAUAGACAAAAGGUUCGCAAUAACGAAUGGUAUAAAUUGUACAUGGAACAUUGUGCCAAAGAGAAAGAUGAAAAGAAGAAACUAAUAGCGGAACUUGAUCAAAGGUACCUGAAUACGGGCUGUAUUCUUCAGCAGAAACCCAAGCAACCUUACGGAAAAGUUUGUCGCUGACCAUAUUUUGUAAAAUAUUUGUUUAAAGAGGAAAUAAAUGUUCGAUAUCA